AUGGGUUUUGCCAGGGAGGCCCAGAAGAUAAAUAAUGGCUCCAGCCAGGCAGAUGGUACUCUCAAGCCAGUGGACGAAAAAGAGGAGGUGGUGGCAGCCGAGGUCGGCUGGAUGACAUCCGUGAAGGACUGGGCAGGGGUGAUGAUAUCCGCCCAGACACUGACUGGCAGAGUCCUGGUUGUGUUAGUCUUUGCUCUCAGCAUUGGUGCCCUUGUAAUAUACUUCAUAGACUCAUCAAACCCAAUAGAAUCCUGCCAGAAUUUCUACAAAGAUUUCACAUUACAGAUCGACAUGGCUUUCAACGUGUUCUUCCUUCUCUACUUUGGCUUGCGGUUUAUUGCAGCCAACGAUAAGCUCUGGUUCUGGCUGGAAGUGAAUUCUGUAGUAGAUUUCUUCACAGUCCCUCCAGUGUUUGUGUCUGUGUACUUAAACAGAAGUUGGCUUGGAUUGAGAUUUUUAAGAGCUCUCAGACUGAUACAGUUUUCAGAAAUUUUGCAGUUUCUGAAUAUCCUUAAGACAAGCAAUUCCAUCAAGCUGGUGAAUCUGCUGUCCAUAUUUAUCAGCACUUGGCUGACAGCAGCUGGAUUCAUCCAUUUGGUGGAGAAUUCAGGGGACCCAUGGGAAAAUUUUCAAAACAACCAGGCACUUACGUACUGGGAAUGUGUCUACUUACUAAUGGUCACAAUGUCUACAGUGGGCUACGGAGAUGUUUAUGCAAAAACUACGCUUGGACGCCUCUUCAUGGUCUUCUUCAUUCUCGGGGGACUGGCCAUGUUUGCCAGCUACGUCCCUGAAAUCAUAGAGUUAAUAGGAAACCGCAAGAAAUACGGGGGCUCCUAUAGCGCGGUUAGUGGAAGAAAGCACAUUGUAGUCUGUGGCCACAUCACUCUGGAGAGUGUCUCUAACUUCCUGAAGGACUUUCUGCACAAGGACCGGGAUGAUGUCAAUGUGGAGAUCGUCUUUCUUCACAACAUCUCCCCUAACCUUGAACUUGAGGCUCUGUUCAAACGACAUUUUACUCAGGUGGAAUUUUAUCAGGGUUCUGUACUCAAUCCACACGAUCUUGCCAGAGUCAAGAUAGAGUCAGCAGAUGCGUGCCUGAUCCUUGCUAAUAAGUACUGCGCUGACCCGGAUGCAGAAGAUGCCUCCAACAUCAUGAGAGUGAUCUCCAUAAAGAACUACCACCCGAAAAUCAGGAUCAUAACUCAGAUGCUGCAGUAUCAUAACAAGGCCCAUCUGCUCAACAUCCCCAGCUGGAAUUGGAAAGAGGGUGAUGACGCAAUAUGCCUCGCAGAGCUCAAGUUGGGUUUCAUAGCCCAGAGCUGUCUGGCUCAAGGCCUCUCCACAAUGCUUGCCAACCUCUUCUCUAUGAGGUCAUUCAUAAAGAUUGAGGAAGACACGUGGCAGAAAUACUACUUGGAAGGAGUAUCCAAUGAGAUGUACACAGAAUAUCUCUCCAGUGCCUUCGUGGGUCUGUCCUUCCCUACUGUUUGUGAGCUGUGCUUUGUGAAGCUCAAGCUCCUGAUGAUAGCCAUUGAGUACAAGUCUGCCAACCGGGAGAGCCGAAGCCGAAAGCGAAUAUUAAUUAACCCUGGGAAUCACCUUAAGAUCCAAGAAGGUACUUUAGGAUUCUUCAUCGCAAGUGAUGCCAAGGAAGUUAAAAGGGCAUUUUUUUACUGCAAGGCCUGUCAUGAUGACGUCACAGAUCCCAAAAGAAUUAAAAAAUGUGGCUGCAGGAGGCUGAUCUAUUCCAAGAUGUCCAUCUACAAGAGAAUGAGACGAGCAUGUUGUUUUGAUUGCGGACGUUCUGAGCGUGACUGCUCGUGCAUGUCAGGCCGUGUGCGUGGUAACGUGGACACCCUUGAGAGAGCCUUCCCGCUUUCUUCUGUCUCUGUUAAUGAUUGCUCCGCCAGUUUCCGUGCCUUUGAAGAUGAGCAGCCGCCAACGCUGUCACCCAAAAAAAAACAACGUAAUGGGGGUAUGAGGAACUCACCCAACUCCUCCCCGAAGCUGAUGAGGCAUGACCCUUUGUUAAUUCCUGGCAAUGAUCAGAUUGACAACAUGGAUUCCAAUGUGAAAAAGUACGACUCUACUGGAAUGUUUCAUUGGUGUGCACCCAAGGAGAUUGAGAAAGUCAUCCUGACUCGAAGUGAAGCUGCCAUGACUGUCCUGAGUGGCCAUGUUGUAGUCUGCAUCUUUGGGGAUGUCAGCUCAGCCCUGAUUGGCCUCCGGAACCUGGUGAUGCCACUCCGUGCUAGCAAUUUUCACUACCAUGAGCUCAAACACAUCGUGUUUGUGGGCUCCAUCGAGUACCUCAAGCGAGAGUGGGAAACACUGCACAACUUCCCCAAAGUGUCCAUAUUGCCUGGUACACCAUUAAGUCGGGCUGAUUUAAGGGCUGUCAACAUCAACCUCUGUGACAUGUGCGUUAUCCUGUCAGCCAAUCAGAAUAAUAUUGAUGAUACUUCGCUUCAGGACAAGGAAUGCAUCUUGGCGUCACUCAACAUCAAAUCUAUGCAGUUUGAUGACAGCAUCGGGGUCUUGCAGGCUAAUUCCCAAGGAUUCACACCUCCUGGAAUGGACAGAUCAUCUCCAGACAACAGCCCAGUGCAUGGGAUGUUACGCCAGCCAUCCAUCACAACUGGGGUCAACAUCCCCAUCAUCACAGAACUCGUGAACGAUACUAAUGUUCAGUUUUUGGACCAAGACGAUGACGAUGACCCUGACACAGAGCUGUACCUCACGCAGCCCUUUGCUUGUGGGACAGCAUUUGCCGUCAGCGUCCUGGACUCACUCAUGAGUGCGACAUACUUCAAUGACAAUAUCCUCACCCUGAUACGGACCCUGGUGACAGGAGGAGCCACGCCAGAGCUUGAGGCUCUGAUUGCUGAGGAGAAUGCGCUUCGAGGGGGCUACAGCACUCCCCAGACGCUGGCCAACAGGGACCGUUGCCGAGUGGCUCAGUUAGCCCUGUUGGAUGGACCCUUUGCAGACUUAGGGGAUGGUGGUUGUUAUGGUGAUCUGUUCUGCAAAGCUCUGAAAACAUAUAAUAUGCUUUGUUUUGGAAUUUACCGGCUGAGAGAUGCCCACCUCAGCACCCCCAGCCAGUGUACAAAAAGGUACGUCAUCACCAAUCCCCCCUACGAGUUUGAGCUCGUCCCGACAGACCUGAUCUUCUGCCUGAUGCAGUUUGACCACAACGCUGGCCAGUCCCGGGCCAGCCUGUCUCAUUCCUCCCACUCCUCACAGUCCUCCAGUAAGAAGAGCUCCUCUGUCCACUCCAUCCCGUCCACAGCAAAUCGGCCGAACCGGCCCAAGUCCAGGGAGUCUCGCGACAAACAGAACAGAAAAGAAAUGGUUUACAGAUGA